CAAUCGCCACCAGUGCUCUGCCGGUGAAGGGAGGUGCUGGAAGCCAGUGGUCCGUCCAUUUUUCUUGAAGGCAUGAAGGCUCUCCGCGACCUCCCUCGCGCUCCCUCUCCUCCCGUAAAACCCACCUGCAACGGCCAUUCUAUUUGAGGGCAAGCUGAGGAUGAGACCAGAGAAGCCAGGCAGGCGCCAUGUUUGAUAUGAUCAAGGAUUAAGAGCAGUCGGUGACAACUGAAGCCAGGAUGUCGCCAUAUUUUCUAAAGGCACCUUCCGGGUCCUUCAGCCCGGGUAUCUAUGGCCAAGAAGUGCAUAAACACCGAGGGGGUUGGUUAGUCCCUAUCAGAAUCCCCGAAUCCCUAGUAGCCAGUCCCUGCUACUUCGGUUCCCUCGGCUGCGCUCAGACGCCAAGUCUGGGAGGGGCUGCAGCCUGGGGACCCCUUCCUGCAGACGACGAAAGCUGAGCCGAGGGCGGGAGGCGGUUGCUGCGGGGCCAGGGAGGCCUCUGCCUGGGGCUGGGAGGCCCCAUGGCGCCGCCCCCAGCCCCACUCCCGGCGCUGACAGCCGGGGAGACCCGGCCUGGUUGCAAGAAGCUCGGGGCCGUGAGCUUCGCGGAGGUGGCCGUGUACUUCUCCCCAGAGGAGUGGGGGUGCCUGCGGCCCGUGCAGAGGGCUCUGUAUCGGGACGUGAUGCGCGAGACCUACGGCCACUUGGGCGCGCUCGGAUGCCCAGGCCCCAAACCAGCCCUCAUUUCUUGGAUGGAACAGGAGAGUGAGGCUUGGAGCCCCGCCGCCCAGGAUCCAGAGGAGGGGGAAAGCAUGGGAGGAGCUCUGAGAGGAGAUGCCCCAAACAAGAAGGAAAAGGCACCGGAAGAAGGACCAGAAGCCAAGGGACGCAGAAAGACUCCUGGGAAGGCGAGGCCAGAAGAGCUGGUGAAACGCAACCCUGAUUCGGCCAUCAGCAAGGCCUCGGCAGGAGUACAGCCACCCAUAAAAGCUGCGUGGGCCCAGAGCGCAGGUGCGCAGCCCCCGGACCUGGUACCCAGCGAUGACGCUCAGGCCAGCCAGCGGCGCCAUGUGUGUACAGACUGCGGCCGCCGCUUCACCUACCCGUCGCUGCUGGUCAGCCACCGACGCAUGCACUCAGGUGAGCGGCCCUUUCCCUGUCCUGAGUGUGGCAUGCGCUUCAAGAGGAAGUUUGCCGUGGAAGCACACCAGUGGAUCCACCGGUCAUGCUCUGGGGGGCGGCGGGGGCGGAGGCCCGGCAUCCGGGCUGUGCCUCGCGCCCCCAUGCGGGGCGACCGCGACCCGCCCGUGCUGUUCCGACACUACCCUGACAUCUUUGAGGAGUGCGGGUGAGCAACUUCUGCUGGCGGGCUUGAGCCUGACGUGGCGCCAAGGACUGACCAGGCCCUGAGGGAGGCCCCUGAGUCAGGGACUUGGGAACCAGAAUUCAUCUUUUGGGCUUCCCUCAAGGUUCUCUCAAGUUUCCAAACUUGUAAAAAGGAAAGUGCCUGUAAAGAUUCAAAUAGAUUAAACGUGAUACCCCUCUCCCCAGUCUUUCUGAAAAAAAACGAGGAGUAAAAUGCUGGACUUUUCUCAGUGUUAUCUCAGAAGCAGGUGCAACCAAGAUCUUUCCAUUGUCUAAAAAAAAAAUAAUAAUAAAAACCAACAACACCCUU